GGAUGCACGACGUAACCAUUGAUCAAGAAGGGUCAAGGUCGAUUUUGCAUCGGAACAAGUAUGCUGUAUACCUUGGUUGUCAUAGCAACGUUGUCUAAUUUGACAGAAGGAGACCCCACACUGCCGGAGAACAUGACCUGCGUCCUUUAUGCCAAGAGACUUCUCACCUGUACGUACGACCUCCGUGACGACGUUGACCGUAACAACACAACGUGCACUACAUGUUCACAGUUUAGCAAAAAUGACACGUGUCCUGAUGUCGUCACUGGGAGGAUGUGCAACACUGCUGUUGGCAGAUGUGAAUACGACUGUGACAGGCUGAAGUUUUGUGACGGCUAUCACAUGAUGAAGAUAUCCAUGAAAGGGGACACGGAUGCUAGGGCAGGGUCGAUGUGCAGACAAAUCAAAACUAAAGACUAUAUACAACCUGGUCCAGUUCGAGAUCUACAAGUGAGAGCCAUCAACAGCACAGCGUUGCAGGUGUCAUGGAAGAAACCUGACGACAGAUACCCCUACUACGAGACCUAUAAAUACGUAGUGUUGUACUCGAAUCGUGUCAAGAAAACUAAGUCCAAGGAUGAAGAUGUGGAGAUGGUUCUGACUGACCUGAAGCCCUGGACAAAUUACACUGUAACAGUCAGGUCACGACCCCGCCGAAAGGGGUUCCUUGGCCCCCCACUGAAUGCCACAGAUUCAACCUUUGAGGACGUUCCAGCGAGAGGCCCAGUAAUACCAGAGAGCGCAUUCAGCAAAGUGGCGCCUGGAGUGCUGGAGGUCUAUUGGGGUUCAGUUCCGCGGGAAGCCAGCAGGGGAAUUAUUGUCAACUACUCCGUCCACGCCAGCUGUUGUCUGUCACAGCCGCUGUACACCACUGGCCACUCGACCACAAUCAACAUCACCGGACACAGCAACGUGACUGUACGGGUGAACGCUGCGACUAGGAUCGGCUGGUCUAAGAAUGCGUCCCAGCUCCAUGUAUACAGACGGGAUUUGGACGUACGGUAUGUUCACAACGUACACAGAGCGAACAAAACACUUCAUUGGGAUUUGAUCGCUGAACGAAAAGCUCUGAACACCACCAUAGUCUCGUGGUGUUUCGGGUAUCAACAUUACAAACUGCCACAGCUUGUAAAAUGCAUGAACGCCAUACAGAAGAAACUCCUGCCAGGUGGGCGCCGUUCUAUGGCAAUAAAAGACCUUGACCCUCUGAGAGUAAGGUGUAGUAGAUGUGAGUGGCAGUAUGCUGUCUCACGUCACGUCGGCAACGUCAGAUCUAAACUGGUGUGGAAUACUCCAUUACGAUUCGCAGCUGUUGACGAUGACAAGAGAGACCAGGGCUACAGGGACAUACUAGCCGUCAUCAUCGUCCUGACUGUUAUGGUUGCCGUCAUGUUUAUUGCCGUGGGUGCUAUCAGUGGAAGACUGUACAGCAGGCAUUCACUUUGUAAACGUUUCGUCAUUAUCACGCCUAGGAUGGUGACGUUUCCAGGUGACGAGGAUUCAAUAUCUAUGGAACAUCGCAUUCAUCAAGAUGCUGCUGGUGUAUUGAUAUCCAUCCACGACAUCCACACAGACCAUAGAGAAGACAAACACAUCACCCCUGAUACCAUCUCUCAUCUUCGUCAACAACACAAACACCCUUCUACUGUACAGGACCAUGCAGAUGAAAUAAGGGGACACGGAAAUAGCAAAAUUGAAGUUUCACUUCCGGGUCACCACGUCCUUCCAGAAGGAGAACCAUCUGGCCCAGAAGCACCUUGGCUGCCGGCUGGCCCUCAGAGUGAUGAGAACAGCGAAACAUGGUCAUGUUCCUCAGACAGUUGUAUGUCCACCUACAGACAGGUCACCACAGACAGCGGGGUACCAGGGUCCCAGGAAGACUACUCUUGGAUUGUAUCUCUUAAAACCGUGGACGAAUGCCAGCAGGAUGCUUCUGGAACUGGAACCCGAUCGAACGGCACCAGGGAGUUAAUCUCAUUGUCACCAGUAUUCUGAAAAUCUCAAUCUUGGGUCAACAUACCAAGAUGCCAGCAGGAUGCUUCUGGAACUGGAACCCGAUCGAACGGCACCAGGGAGUUAAUCUCAUUGUCACCAGUAUUCUGAAAAUCUCAAUCUUGGGUCAACAUACCAAGAGACUAGUCAUCAUAUCAGGUACUUACAGAUAUGGGCCUACUUUCACAAAACACUAAGGUGAUCGUAAGUCACUAAAGUAACCUUAGUGCAAUGCCAGAGAAUGGGAGUUAAGGUUUACCUUAGUAAAGAUUGCUUCGUGAAAGGAGCCCGUGAUAGGGAGAUGGAUGAGACUCUGGAUGAGUGUGCAACAGCCUCAAGUGAUCCCACGCAAAGUUGUAGGCGCAUAUGACAUGCAUUCUGCCAUUCACUAUGGCGUUUAUCACAUGAUCCCAUGAACACAUGCCAUUCUGAUAAGGAGACACGAAUCAAAACCGUCACCGCGUUCCGAUUUAAUGACGUACUCUUAUUCCGCUCCUUUGUUCAAAACGGACUGUUUCACGUCAUUGCUAUACUAUUCUAAGGUGGACAGUUUUGAGGAUGCUUCUUUAACUUGAACUGCCAUUCUGACAAGGAGACGUGAAUCAAAAUGGUUUUUGGUGGUUAAUGUAUAGACAAUUUGAACGACAUUUAUCUUAGCAUUAACCUGGAAAGCCGAAACACAUCAACCUCUUGGCUAUGUAUUGUAUUAGAAACCUCGAAAACUCCUGAACUGUAGCGUCUCAGAGAACUGCGUGGCUCGUGUUGUUAAUAUGAGGAUACUUGCACAGAACAAGGAGGAACAUUCGCCGACAGUUGAGCUUGUGACAUAUACACUGGGCCACUCUUCUUGGUGGGCCUGGUGGAUAAAGGAACUGUUAAGUGAGUGAGUGAGUUUAGUUUUACGCCGCAACAUUCCAGCAAUAUCACGCAGGGGGACACCAGAAAUGGGCUUCAUACAUUGUGCCCAUUGGGGACAUCGAACCCGGGUACUCAGCGUGAUUCGCGAACGCCUUAACCACUAGGCUACCCACCGCCCCUAGGAACUGUGUUAGGUCCUCGUGAACUUUGUCGUGGUGGAUUCAUGAGGGUACAUGAUAGUUUAAUUCACUGUAAAACUGCGUUCAAUUGUAUGAUAUUAUUAUUUUUAAGUCAUUUCAGCGAAAUGUACACAAGAGUGAUCUCUAGUCAAAUGCACAUAGCAGUGAGCUCAAGCCAUCUGUUAAUAUCCGUUACCUCUGCUCUCCUAUGCACUCUCUAUGCAUUUAAAUCUAUUGUUAUUCCAACGUUGUUAUAUAUUGCUGCUAUAUCGCAACAUGUCAGCUGUACACAAUAAUCUUCGGUCAUCAUUUAAGCCAAGACUGUUUUAUGUCAAGUCACUACCACGUGGCAUUUAUAACAAUGUUUAAAAUCUCUUGCAAACGUUAACGUAUGCACAAUAUUCACGCCUUAUGUACUAUAUGUUUCUUCAAUAUUAUUUUUCUUAAGUUUGUUUUUAUAAUCACAAAGCAGAACGUCUCAUGUUAUUGAUAUAUGAUUUCGAAAUAAAACAAAACCUACUCUU